UAACUACUAACGAAUUCGUUAAUCAUAAUUAAACAAUUUAUGUUAUUUGAAUAAUUAUGAAUAAUAUGAUGUUUUUGUUGCGGUCCUUAAAAUUUAUGCGGCACAAUGGAAGCAGGAUGUAUGGAGCUUUUCACGAUACUUUAGACCAACUAACUGGAAUUGAAAAAAGAGAACUCUUAGCUCAUCUUGCUGGCGAUUGUGACCCUUUCCGUAUGCUGAGUAUCAAGAAAGGUCUAGGUACCUGGGAAUGCCCUAAUCUCAUACCAAGUGCAUUCUGCAAGCGGCUCGUGGGAUGCGUUUGUUACCCCGAGACAAACCAUAUUGAAUAUAUAUGGCUACAUCAGGGCGUGCCAAAGCGCUGUGGCUGCGGUUAUUGGUUCGUGUUGUGUCCCAUUGCACCACUGUAAUGUUUUAUGUAAUUAUUUGCAAGGAUUAAAAUAAUAUUG